AUGGAGUUGGUUCAGGUGCGGUUCUCGACCCCAUCGGCAUCGAGGGUGCAGCGUCUCAUUGACGCCAUGGGCAGCGUGAUCACGAAGCCGAACUUUUUGGCGCGCGGCACCAAGGAGAGGAAGUCGCCGCUGCGGCGGCCAGAGAUCGAGCGACAGGCCAAGCUGAUCAAGAAUAUCGCAAUGGUGGUGCCGAGCCCGACGAUUGCCAAGUCGGAUCUCAUCGCGGUCCUCGGCAUGUUGCAGAAUGGGCGACCAUUCGACCUGACGGGCCAGGAACUCGAGGAGUGGCAGGAGGAGGCGGCGCCGAGGCUGCGCACCAUCCUUCGCCACGUGCAGCAGAUGCGCAUCAAGAAGGAUAAGGCCCCGCAAUGGUUUCGAUAUUUAGACGUCCCGCCGUUGGCAGCUGGUGGCGCUGACGGUGACGACGGAGGCGAGCCCGACGGCGGCGAUGCCGCUGCAGACGGCGAGGAGGACUGCCCGCCCGACGACGAGGGCAACGACAAGGAGGGCGGCGAGGAGGAACCACGCGAGGUCGACGAAGAAGUGGAUGCCGACGACGAGGCCGCCAAGUCCGCGCAGAAGACGCCAGUGGCGGCUGACUACACGCACGGUUACGACAACGCGCACAAGCUCGCGCGGCGCUUGCCAGCGGGCAGGACAGGAGCAGCACACCGCGAGUACGCCGUCGAGAUGGUGCCGCCGCCGAAGCACACGUCCUCGUCCACGAUGCUUGCGGUGUUCGCAGACGGCGUCAAGCGGCAGGUCCCCGAGACGACGGUCAGCACCUUCUGCGCGAGCAUGCGCGACGCCAAGACUGGCCCCAAGCAUGGCCAUGACACGUUCAGCGGCACGGACCAGAACGGCAAGAAGGUGACCGGGGGCUUCAGGUGGGACACACCGAAAGGCAGACCGCGGCAGCGGUUUUGCACGAUCAAGGUCGACGGUGAGACUCAAUUCACGCAGAUCAACGUGGAGACCUUCGCGUCCGCCGACUCGCCGCUCAAUGAGAAGGAGGCCGCAGCCGUGAGCUGGAUGCACAUCAUCGCGCAGAAGUACUGCAACGGCGAGAUCACCAAGCAGGAGGCCGCGGAGCUCAAAGCAGAUUACAUCGGCAUCCGCACCGCAGAGGCGCUGUGCAAGAAGAGGCCCGCCGCCGCCGCUGCCGACACCGUGCCAGUUCUCAAGAAGCCAGUUGCUGCGGCUGCUGUUGGUUCGACAGCGGUCGUCGCGGCAGGGCCGACCGACGCCGCGCCGUCUGGGGGCGCGUCGUCGGCGCCCGCAGCUCCAGCGCCCACGGUCCAGCAAGCGGAUGCAGCGCCCGCGCCCCAGCAGGACAUGACGGUCUGGAGCGAGUCGGAGUGA